ACCCGGAGCGCUCUCCUUGCUGAGCUGGUGCUACCUGGCGCCCAUAGCCACCGUUCGUCCUCCUCUCCACCCCGGAGUUGGUGGGUUGGUGACGCCAUGGCGCCCAAAGGGAAGGUGGGCACGAAGGGGAAGAAGCAGAUAUUUGAAGAAAAUAAGGAAACUCUGAAAUUCUACUUUCGGAUCAUCCUGGGUGCCACUGCAAUUUACAGCAUCGUGACCCUAGGGAUCUUCUACUCCUCAGCAUCUUUCUGGGCCUGGACAGCCCUAGUAUUCAGCUUGGUCGUGUAUGGGGCCAGCUACCGCUCCAUGAGCUCCAUGGCCAAGGCAGCCUUCUCGGAGGAUGGGGCUCUGGCAGACAGCGGCAUCGACCUCAACAUGGAACAGGGAAUGGCAGAGCACCUGAAAGAUGUGAUCCUGCUGACAGCCAUUGUCCAAGUGCUCAGCUGUUUCUCCCUCUACGUGUGGUAUUUCUGGCUCUUGGCUCCAGGCCGGGCCCUCUACCUCCUGUGGGUAAACAUCCUGAGCCCCUGGCUCACAGCAGAGUCAGCCACCUCCAUGGUGGAGCCCAACGAGAAGCGCCAACGACGGCAGGAGCGCCGACAGAUGAAGCGGUUGUAGCCAGGAUGGUGGCAGAGAGCCGGCCGCAGCCGCAGACCCGAGCGAGACUCUCCCAGGCCGGGCAGGCCGUAUCAGUCCAGUGCCCGAGUCCUGCCCCGUGACUGCCCCGGAGAGACUGGCAGCUUGUGAAGCCUGGACAUCCAGAUGAACCGGGUCGGGGAGGCCAGAGGGAGGGGGCCGGCUUCUGACAAUAAAGAGCCAAAGCUGGGA